UCCGCAGUUGGCGCGGCCCGAGACGGCAUGGCUGCGGCGCUCCGGCCCGGGGAGCGGGCGGUCCCGCGGGUCCUGCGGUCCUUGGUGUAUCCCGGGGUGGGCGGCUCGGGCUCCACCUGCUGCCGCUGCGCGCUCGGAGCUAAAAGAUACCUACUUACAGAUAAUAUUGUGAAAUUAAAAGAAUUUCAGCAAAAGAAGGUGGUUAUUGCACACAGUCUUCCUGGUACCAAAGGAUCCCAGAGAAAUACUAAAGCUAGUGCUGUAACCAGUCCUCUCCUGAUCCAUGCCACUUAAAGGUUCACGGAUCAGCAGCAACUCGGAGGCUGAUUGAAUGCUAAACCUCAAGCCCUAGACAGUUUGUGUGCCCAACGACAUCUGAGAAGAACUGCUCCAGGUGACUGGCGUUCAAACUUUUUGAUGCCACCCUUAGUAAAAAAUACAU